AUGCCCAGAUCCCAGUCCCGGCCACAACCCUUUCCACCCCAGCCCCCGUCCAGUCCAGUCCAGUCGCAGCCCCCCCAUUUUGGUCCACAACCACUGGCCGGAUACGGAGCCAUCUCCUCAUCAGCUUUGGCCGCCGAUGUAGCAAGCAAUCGCAAGCCGUGGUCGGGCGAUGGAUGCGGUGGCAGGCAGCAAGGAAUAGCAAGGCAAGGCACCAAAGCAGCAAGGCUGGCAGGAAGGCAGCAUGAUGGACACGCGGCUGGCCGGGAGUUGGGCGAUUUGAGAUGGUCGAUGGGCGAAUGGCGAUGGGCGAUGGACGACUCUGGGGUCCUGUAUGCCAACGAACUGGAUUUCGGGGGCGGCCGAUAUGCCAAGGCGAAACAUGGGCGCACAACGCGUAGAUUGAGAUGGCAGAGGCCAUAG